CGCGCGGGAUCGCGGCGGGCUGCGAGCGGGCGAGCAGGCAGCGCCCGGUCCACGGUGCAGCGGCUGCGACGGGCGCGGCGGGCGCUGCCGAUGGGCCGAGCCCGGGCUGCCGGAGCGCCGGGAGCCGGCAGGCAUGCCCCGGACACUGACUGCCUCGGACAUGGUCACCCCAGGCAGCCUCAGCCCGCCUCCUACAGAAUCCACAGAAGGCGAGCAGGCUGGGCAGCCCCUCCUGGACGGAGCUCCAUCCUCAGCCUCUUUGGAGACCCUAAUUCAGCACCUUGUGCCCACAGCCGAUUACUAUCCCGAGAAAGCCUACAUCUUCACCUUCCUGCUGAGCUCUCGUCUCUUCAUCGAGCCCCGAGAGCUCCUGGCUCGGGUGUGCCACCUGUGCAUAGAGCAGCAACAGCUGGACAAGCCGGUGCUGGACAAGGCCCGAGUCCGGAAGUUUGGUGCCAAAUUGCUCCAGUUGUUAGCGGAGUGGACUGAGACCUUCCCACGGGACUUUGAAGAGGAGUCCACCAUUGGACACCUGACAGACGUGGUUGGCCGCAUCUCCCCAUGUGACGAGACCUACGGGAACAGGAUGCACCAGCUCCUGCAGACUCUGCACCAGAAAUUGGCAUCACUUGGCCAGGGACCAGAAGGCCUGGUGGGGGCCGACAAGCCCAUCUCCUACAGGACCAAGCCCCCAGCCUCCAUCCACAGGGAGCUCCUAGGUGUUUGCAGUGACCCCUACACACUGGCCCAGCAACUGACCCAUGUGGAGCUGGAGCGACUAAGGCACAUUGGGCCCGAGGAGUUUGUCCAGGCUUUUGUGAACAAGGACCCUCUGGCGGGCACAAAGCCCCGCUUCAAUGACAAGACGAACAACGUAGAGGCCUACGUGAAAUGGUUCAACAGACUAUGCUACCUGGUAGCAACGGAAAUCUGCAUGCCAGCCAAGAAGAAGCAGCGAGCACAGGUGAUCGAGUUCUUCAUUGAUGUGGCCCGCGAGUGUUUCAACAUCGGCAACUUCAACUCCCUCAUGGCCAUUAUCUCCGGCAUGAAUAUGAGCCCUGUCUCCAGGCUGAAGAAGACUUGGGCCAAAGUGAAAACAGCCAAGUUCUUCAUUCUGGAGCACCAGAUGGACCCAACGGGGAAUUUCUGCAACUAUAGGACAGCCCUGCGUGGGGCAGCCCACCGCUCACUGACUGCUCACAGCAGCAGGGAGAAGAUUGUCAUCCCUUUCUUCAGCCUGCUCAUCAAAGACAUUUACUUCCUCAAUGAGGGCUGCGCCAACCGCCUUCCCAAUGGGCAUGUCAACUUUGAGAAAUUUCUGGAACUGGCCAAGCAGGUUGGAGAGUUCAUUACUUGGAAACAAGUGGAAUGUCCUUUCGAGCAAGACCCAAGCAUCACCCAUUACCUGUACACUGCCCCCAUCUUCAGCGAAGACGGUCUGUAUUUGGCUUCCUAUGAAAGCGAGAGCCCAGAGAACCAGACAGAAAAGGAGAGGUGGAAAUCUCUAAG